AUGGCAGACAGCAAUAUGCCCAGUGAUAAGACGGAGCCGGCGGCAUCACAUUAUUUAGAAAACGACAAGAACAGCGGCUCAGAUGUGUCUAAUGUAGCUCAGAAAUCACCGCAGACCCCUCAGUCUGGCCCCAGCGAAACGGCAAAGCCAGCGGAAAAUCGGCUAGCAGAGGAGAUUUCACAUCAUAGAAAUGCCCUUUACUACGGACCCCCUGAUCCAGAUGCACGAUUCUGGGGUAUAAUUGCCACCUCCCGUCGCAAUCGCUCUGUUAACAGAGUAAGCCAAAAACUUCAAUGGUCCAAAUUCGCGAGGAAUCAAAAGGCUAAAUUAGAGAACUUAUUUGCAGACAACCAAAUAAGAGAGCCCAAAGUAUUGAGCGAUGUGAGCUCGCGAGAUGAAGUCGGUAAGGUUAGCUUUGAAGCCGAGCCGGUACAUCUUCCAGAGUCUGACAUCACACCAACUCCUUCUCGUCACAAUACGGUCACAAUUGUGGAGGUGUACGAGCUUUUAUUUGUCAGCUGUGCGAAGCUUCUUGCAAGAUUUCGUGGAACACACACAAAGAAGAGACCUAUUUAA